CCGUCCUCUCACCCCUUCAACCUAUGAAGAUUCUCUCGACAUAAUCAAGAUUUCAACAUGGCGUCUGAAGUACAACAGAUGAAUAAUACAAGCUAACAAGCUGGUGUUACUUAGCCGCUAUACAGAAGUCUUACAAUUUCCAGUUGUACUAUGCAGGAAAUGAACCAGUCAAUUUUACGUACAAAAAGUAGAAAAGAUAAAUGAUGGAAACGCGGGGCAUAGAGCAGAUGUUUGACUUCCAGAGGUUGCCAAACGAUGGACUGGUACUGGUGCUGUUGCUGCUGUACUCCCCGAUUGGCCUCUGCUUGAUGUUAUUGCGAAUAUUUAUUGGUGUCCAUGUGUUUUUAGUGAGCUGUGCACUUCCUGACAGUCUAGUUAGAAGAUUCAUAGUAAGGAUUAUGUGCUCUGUGCUUGGUAUGCAUGUAAGACAAAACAGCCCUCGCUUGAGGGAUAAACAAGCGAAACUGUUAGUCUCUAACCAUGUAACUCAGUUUGACCACAACGUCAUCAACCUCCUUACGUCCUGCAACACACCCAUGCUGGAGGGCGCUGCAGGCUUCGUGUGCUGGGCAAGGGGCUUCAUGGAGCUGGGCAGUGAGGGGGAGAGCCGGGCGGAGCUGGCAGGGACCCUCCAGAGGUACUGCGUCACCCCCCAGGCCCCGCCCUUGCUGCUCUUCCCCGAGGAAGACACCACUAACGGCCGAGCAGGGCUCCUCAAAUUCAGCUCAUGGCCUUUCUCUGUGACCGACUCAAUCCAGCCUGUUGCCUUGCUGGUGCGGAGGCCCUUCCUAGCUGUGAGUACGCCUGAGUCCACUUGGCUGAAGGAAUUGCUGUGGACAUUUUUUGUUCCGUUCACAGUGUACCAUGUAAGAUGGCUUCCUCCCAUGUCCAAGCAGGAGGGGGACUCGCAUCAAGACUUUGCCAACAAAGUCCAAGAGUUUCUCGCCACUGAGCUGGGCGUGGUGUCGACGCAGAUCACCAAAGCAGACAAAGCGGAGCACAUCAAAAGGAAACGACACACGGCAGCGUUGGCCGCGGCACAGGCAACGAGCACCAACCUGGGUGCCCGGCCCAGAACAGUCCCUCAAGGCUUCAUGUCCCUCAGCCGGGGGGCGGAGGACCCCAGGGUCGUCAGGAUGGCCCAGCAGGUGAAGGAUGUCCUCCCCGAUAUCCCCCUCCGUGUCAUCACCAUGGAUUUGUUGCGGACAAACUGUGUGGACACCACGAUCACCAACCUCCUAGAGAGAAUCGAGGAGUAUCCCACAGAGGCCUCAAGCGAUUCUGCAUCAGGGUCGCUACGGCAACAGCCUUCGUCCUCCGCCCCCUCUUCCUCUCAUGCUGCCGGUGCCGGCCCCAUCCCAACCAUCAAGCCAGCUGCCGACUCAUUUGGAAGAUCUCCAGGUGACCGACACAUGUCUCUACAGGAGAGAAAAGAGGCAUUGUAUGAAUAUGCGAGACGGCGUUACAAGGAUAAACAUGCUUUGAAUCAGGAGGAUGACCUUUGAAUGAGAUCUUUUUUUUCUUUGAAGAUUCAGUACAUGUGCAGAGCCACUUGAUGGACGAGAGAAGUAGUUGUUGUGGUGAAAACGGGACACGACAUUGGCUGAAUGGAGACAUUUUUGAUUACCAAACGUGCUGGGGAGGAUACAGGGCUGUGAAGAUCUCAGCAGAUUUUGUUUUUUUUAUUCUCUUGCAUGGCAAUCAUGCAUGUCUUUUUAAUUAUUUCUCUCUGCAAGAAGAAGAAGAAAAAAUAGAUUAUUUUGGUAUGAAUUUGUAUCAAGUCCCAGUGACAGUGACACAUCUCAUAUUAUUUUUAUAAAGUCCAGAAGUGGUAUUUAAAACAAAAAAAUGCAAAGGUUCAAUUUUGUGUGGUUUGAGCUGCGGCACAUUUGAGGUUCAUUAUGUUCAGAGGACAGAUGUUCUGUUUGUCAAUGCAGCAUCAGCUUUUAAGGACAUUAAAAUCAUUUUUGAUGCAAUGUGACUGGCCUGUUGAUCAUGUCUGUGGACACCUUAGAGGCUUUCAUUAAGAUAAAUGUCUGCUAAAGUGGGUUAAUAAAGAAAUAUGCAAUUACA